GUUUGUUUGUUCAAUACACGUACAGUUGUACCUGGAUGACUCGAAGGCACUGUUUAUAUAUAUAUAGACCUUGCUUAGUGCUAGUAUCUGCAGCCUUUGUAAGUAAAUCAAAUGCUUUGAAAUGGCUGGGACUAUAGCUCGAGUUGGACAGUUCCUCUCUAGAUUGGACCACAGUUAUCGCAUUAGUCCUUUGUUGGCUUCUGUUACAUCAAAGAAUUAUACAACACCAAGCGAUGGAAAGUCUCCAACAAAACCUCUCAACAAACGCUUGAAAGAAACGGCAGAAGCUGUCGUUAUCGGAGGAGGUUGUGUUGGUGUUAGUACAGCGUACCACUUGGCCAAAGCAGGAAUGAAAGAUGUUGUGUUAUUGGAGAAAACUGAACUGACCGCAGGUUCCACUUGGCAUGCUGCUGGUCUUGCAACAUACUACCAUCCAGGUAUCAAUUUGAAAAAUAUUCACUACUACAGUAUCCAGCUUUUCUCACAACUCAAAGAAGAGACAGGACAGGAGGUUGGCUUCCAUACACCAGGAAGUUUAAGGGUAGCGAUGACGCCGGAGCGUUGUGAUGAAUUUCACUACCAGAUGCAGCGACAGGCAUGGCAAAAAGCCCCACAGUGGCUUCUCACUCCUGAGGAAAUCCAAGAAGUUCAUCCACUCCUUAAUAUGGAUAAGGUUUUACUGGGUCUUUUCAACCCUGGGGAUGGUCAUAUUGACCCAUAUUCUUUGACACAAGCUCUUGCUAUCGGGGCCAGGAUGUAUGGUGCGGAUUUGUACCAGAAUAGUCCAGUAACAGCUACUUUUCAGCGAUCGGAUGGUGGAUGGGAUGUCAUGACUGAGCAUGGUACCAUCAAUGCUAAGAGAGUCAUCAAUGCUGCAGGCUUUUGGGGAACUGAGAUUGGCAAAAUGGCUGGCAUUGAUAUUCCAUUAGUGCCCAUCCACCAUCAGUAUGUAGUAACCUCGACCAUCCCGGAGGUGAAAGCCUUGAAGAAGGAGCUGCCGGUGAUUCGUGAUCUGGAUGGAUCAUACUAUUUACGGCAGGAGAGGUCUGGUCUGCUUGUAGGCCCAUACGAAGCUGAACACAAGAUGAGACUUCAAGAUGAUUGGAUAACGGAAGGGGUUCCGCCGGAUUUUGGCCGAGAACUGUAUGAGAGUGAUCUUGAUAGGAUUAGUGACAAUCUGGAAUAUGCCAUGGAAUUGGUUCCAGUUUUAGCCAAAGGUGACAUCCAGUCAGUGGUUGCCGGGCCAAUCACCUACUCUCCUGAAAACCAAGCCCUAAUUGGUCCAUGCUAUGGUGUUCAGAAUUACUGGGUUCUGUGUGGUUUUGGGUACGGUGUUAUUCAAUCAGGAGGUACUGGUAAAUAUGUUGCAGAUUGGAUUAUGAAUGGAGAACCACCGUAUGACCUCAUUGAGGUUGACCCAAAUCGCUAUGGCAAGUGGUGCACUAACGAGUUCACAUUUAAGAAAGCACGGGAGUCGUAUGGUUUGAAUAAUCUUCUAGGCUAUCCUAAAGAGGAGAGGCCAGGUGGAAGGCCUACAGAGAGAAUCUCUGGAAUUUAUGAGACACUCAGAAGGAAAGGUGCAGAGAUGGGAUUUCAUGCUGGUUGGGAACAGCCAAAUUGGUUUGCACUUGAGGGUGAUGAAGCAGGUUACAAACCGAGUUUCAGGCGAACAAAUUGGCAUCACCCUGUCUUAAGAGAAUGUGAACUGGUUAAAACAAAGGCAGGAGUCAUUGAUCUUACACCUUUUGCCAAGUUUGAGGUUAGCGGGAAAGAUGCUUCCAAGUACUUGGACUAUCUUGUGGCUAAUAAACUUCCAAAGAUCGGAUCUGUAAAUGUUGCUCACAUGCUGACCCCACGAGGGCGUGUGUAUGCAGAGUUAACAAUCACUAGAGAAGAAGAUAACAAAUAUUUUGUAAUCACAGGAUCAGGCUCGGAACUGCAUGAUUUGAGGUGGAUGGAAGAACAAGCUUUAGCAGGUAACUACGAUGUUCAGUUUAAGAAUGUAACAGAUGAAGUGGCCUGCCUAAGCAUAGCCGGACCACUAGCUAGAGACAUCCUGUCUACUGUUACUACAGCAGACAUCAGUAACGAUGCCUUUAAAUUCAUGACUUGGCAAGAAAUCACAAUAGGUGAUGUGCUUGUGAAGGCAUUAAGAAUUUCUUAUACAGGUGAACUUGGCUGGGAAUUCUACCAUGAUAGAGCAGACACAGCCAAGUUGUAUGACACAUUGAUGACUGCUGGGGCACCAUUCGGUAUAGGAGACUUCGGCACUUAUGCAAUCAAUGUUAUGCGUUUGGAGAAAGGGUUUAGAAUGUGGGGAGCAGAGAUGCUAACUGAUAACAACCCGCUAGAGGCAGGUCUACAGCCAUUUAUCAAGUUGAAAAAGGAAGCAGAUUUUAUAGGGAAAGAUGCUUUGUUGGCCCUCAAGGAACAGGGUUUAAAACGAAAAUUGGUCCUACUGACUGUGGAAACCGACGAUGUAGAUCCCGAAGGAAAUGAAACAGUAAGAGUGAAUGGAGAGGUUGUAGGAAACACCACCUCGGGUUGUUUUAGCCACUGUCUGAACCAAAGCAUAUGUUAUGCAUACUUACCAUCUACCAUGACAGAGAUUGGUACACAUGUGCAGGUAGAGCUGCUUGGUAAACAUUAUACCGGUACCAUCACCAAGGAACCCUUGCAGGACACUGAACCUACCAGGAAUCGCAAGAUGAUGAAAGCUGGCAAAAAGUAGUAAAGAUGUGAAAUAAAUAAAAUACACCAAAACAAAUACAUAUACACAUCUUACAGUACAGCUUGACACAACAUAAGUGUGCAUAUUACGCACACACAUACACCAACACAUGCACGAAAGAACCCUUUCUAUCAUGAAUAAAAAAUUCUAAGCUUAUGCCAUUAUGUAUUAAUUGUACCUUGAUAUUCAAAAUGGUGAUAGUGAUGAUGGUGAAUGUUUUUUAGAAAUUUGCAUUUUUUGCAAUUACUAAAGCAUUAUGAUAAUCAUGAAUUCCUUAUUGAAAAAAAUUAGAUUUACUAAAAAGAAAACAAAUUGGUUGUGAAGGUGUUUCAGUGGUGCAUGCUUUAUAAUUUCAAGGUCUUGUGUUCAAAUCUUGCUGAAGUCAGGGUAUUUUCAAAAUACUAGGCAAAAUGCAUUCACUAUAAUGUUUAGUAUGAACACUGUCAUAAUGCAGUUCAUUCGCAAGUGAUUUAAUCUGUAUUUAAAAAAAUCCCGGGGGGAGAAUGUUAGCCCAGAUCUGUGACAGAUAUGGUACAUGAAACACUUGAGACUCAGGCCAUAUUAUUUAAUUAAUUUAACAGAGCCUCUGAAUAUGAGCUGACUUCUUGGGCAUAGCUGGUUGUGUCAGUAUGGUUCAGUUGAUUGGAAUAUCACUACAAUACAAAACUCAAUGUAUAGAUAUAGAAAUUUUUGCACCACACAAUUCAAAAUCAUUUUUUAUGUUAAUUCUGAGUUGUACACUUAAAAUGUUACAAAAAUAAAACUUAAGCAUCAUAAGCAUAAGCAUUGUAGAUAGAAUAGUGAAUUACUGUAUGAGAGGUCAAUAGUAUCAUGCUUGUUUGAAUCAUGUCAUCAUAUUUUUUGUAUUAUUUAGUUUUUUUAUUGACACUUCCUUGUUGGUUCUCAAUACAGACAUAUCAAUGAUAAUCUUUUUCUUUAAAUGUUUUACAGUAUUUUUUUAAAAUUGUAUAUCUUAAAGUAUUCGGUGGAAUAGAACAAUGUUCCUUAUUUCUUCAUUAUAAUUGUUGUUCUUUUUAAUUGGAUUUAAUUUUUUUUUUUUUUUUUGGUAAAGUGUUUUAUUUGCUUAUGAGAUGCUUUAUACAGUACUAGCGAAAUAUUAUUUCUUUUAUUGUUCUUUUUGUGAUAUUUUUUAAACUUGAUAGCAAAACUUCUCUAUCAAAGAUUUUCAAAGGAAGGGAAAAAAAUUGGAAUAAAAUUGUUCUCAUUCUGUCAACAUUUUCAAAUGUUUAACAUUAACAUACAGGUGGUAGAAAAAAUAAUUUUAAAAUUUAGUAUGAAUAAAAAAAAUAUGCAAAGCAAGUGUGCACCCUUAAGCACAGGAAUGUGAUGCUGCAAUGUAAACAGUAGGAUUGAUCAAUGCUGCAUAUUUAUUGAAGAUAAAUGCUGGUAAUGAAGAAAUACGAUUACUUAUGUAGUUUUCAAUUAAAUGACAGGCAUGUCUUGAUAUAUAAAAAGCACCAACACAUGUGAUUUUUGUACAAAGCGCAAUCCAUCUUAUAGAAUUUCCAAAGGCACAUGGUAAAAUGUAGAGGGGCAAAGAGGACCAAAAAAAUAAUGUUACUAAUUUUUUAAAGAUAUUGAAGACCAUAAUUAUUCUAGUUGUAUGCAUGAGGUACAAUAUAUAAAAUUUCAAAUUGUAGACCAGAGCACUGUAAAAGAUGUACUUUAUUGUCAUAGUCAUAGCAAUUUUGUUAUUCUUAUUAAUGACCACUGUUAUAAAUAUAAUUCUUAUCAAUCAGUAAAUUGUAAAUUUAAAAAUGUUAUCAUAAGCAAUCCAACAAUUACUGAACACAAAGCUUUCAUAUAACAACACUGAAUUUAUUUUUUAAGGUAAAAUAUUCAAGAAUCCUUGCUCUUAUAAUACCUCUGUUUGAAUAAAAAAGUAUCUAAUGAAAUAAAUUGUAAAAAAAAGAAGAGA